AUGUCGUUCCGUGUCGUGCGCGACAGCAAGUUCCGUCACAUCUACGGCCAGUCGGCGAAGCGGCAGGAAUGCUACGAUGGCAUCCGCAUCACGAAGAGUUCGUGGGAUUCUCCGUUCUGCGUCGUCAAUCCCAAGUUCCUCGCAAUCAUCACCGAGGCGGCCGGCGGCGGCUCGUUCAUCGUCAUACCGAUCCCGCAGGUCGGACGGAUAGAGAGAGAUUAUCCACUCAUUUCUGGCCACAAGGGGGCAGUGCUGGACAUUGCCUGGUGCCCAUUCAAUGACAAUGUGAUAGCAAGCAGCUCAGAGGACUGUACAGUGAAGGUGUGGCAGAUCCCGGAGAAGUGGCCGCUGCGGCUGAACAUCGAGACGCCCGUCGUAGACCUGGUGAUGCAUCAACGACGCGUCGGUCUCAUCAUCUGGCAUCCGACGGCAAACAACAUCCUGCUGAGCGCCGGUUUGCGUAACGCUCUCAUAGUUGUGACCCAACGUAUCACUCUCGUUAUCUGCUAUUCACUGCAUCGUCAUAGCAAGUUAGCAACCGUGGAGGUCGCGUUGUUCGACGAUCAUCUCGUUACUCGUCACCUGCUCUUGUUACGCGCAAACUAA